AUGGCUUCCUCCUACUCGCUGGCAGUUCCUGGAGCUGGCUCCAUGGCUGAUGUGCUUGCAAGGAUCAAGAAGUUGAGCGACGACAUGAACGAGACCAAGCGCGCGUGCUCGCGCCUCCACGGUCGACUGGAAGUUGUCUUUACGACGCUACAAAACAUGGAGCUCGACGAUUCCCAAGACAUUUGUGAGAGAACUGUGGACGUCGUGUCCAAGUAUCUCCAAUUCCUCACCCGCUACCAUGGAAAAGACCUCGUGCAUCGCGUCGUGGAGCACAGUACGAUGAUGGACCAGCUGCGCCAUUUCCACGAAGAAGUGGCGGUGGUGUUUGAGUUGCUGAGCAUCUUCCUUACCAGCAACUGGGGCGCAGAAUGGGAAGACGACCACCAUCUGCAGAUGGAAGUGCUAACCGCCACAGUCAAAAGCUGCGCUGUGAUCCGCAGUGAGCUCCAAGACCCUCGCGAUCGAGCGGAAGCUCUCUUGCUACUGAAGUUCGAGGUCGAG